UAUGGAUCUCACUCAAAGAAGCGACCUGAUAACCUUGUUAUCGGAAGAACAUAUGAUCACCAUGUUUAUGAUCUGGUAGAAGUCGGGGUUGAAAAUCUUAGAACCAUGGAGUCAUUUACAUACGAUAAAAAAUUAUCUCCAAAGGAAGGGUCAAAGCCUUUUAUUGCUUUCAUUGGAGAAGGAUUUGAGACUGUGGAAAAGCUAAAACAUUUGAAGGAGGUUUUACUCGAUCUUUUUCGCGGAGAGGUUGUGGAGAAUUUAAAUCUUGCUGGAGUGGACCGUGCAUAUGUAUGUACUGCCCUGUCUGCAACUAAGGUGUUUUUUACGCACUCUGCGUUGCGGUUGAAAAAAUCGGGUACGGUUGUCCCAAGAAUGGAAUUGGUAGAAGUUGGUCCUUCGAUGGAUCUUGUUGUUCGUCGGCAUUGUCUUCCUAAUGAAAGUUUGAGGAAGGAAGCCAUGAGAACUUCAAGGAAUAAGCCAAAGAAAAAG